AUGCUUGAAAAUGCGCCGCUUUUCGAAAUGUUUCAGUCGACAACUAGAUUUAACGGAGAGCUCCUCCGCGCUAAGCGCCAUAUUAAAUUUGACGUGGAUUCUCUUGCAGGGGCGGCCUGUGAAUCUGUCGGUCGACACUUGAAUGACCUAGCCUCAAUUACAAAACUUGCCGAGGGGGGCUUCAAGCGUAUCUUGCAAGUCACCUUCAAUGACGGAUAUGCAGUUCUUGCAAGGCUGCCGUACAAGACGACUGUUCCGAGCCAUUAUGCAGUGGCCAGUGAAGCUGCUACACUCGCACUUCUACAUGUCUAUAGGGUUCUAGUCCCAAAAGUAUUUCCGUAUUCUCCAGAUCAGACAAACGCCGUUGGAACCGAAUAUAUGCUGCUUGAAAGGCUUGAGGGAACACCCCUAAGUGACCAGUGGUUCUCUAUGGAUAUCAAAACUCAGGUUAAAGUAAUGAGACAGAUUGUUGAUAUGGAGAGACGGUUUAAGAGCAUCUAG